AUGGUCCAUACCAUUUUGCUCAUUCAGCCUACCGUGCGACCUGAUUCCCGAACGUGGUCUGAUUAUGAAUCGACGACUGAUUGCCUUGAAGGCACUGCCCACACUCUAACGAGGAAUUUCUCAAAAAGCAGAAUCCGUCAAUGGCCAGCAUCACAUAUGACGUCUCUCAUCUAUAUGAGUUUAUCGAUAAGCUCUCGGACCUUAGCUGUCUUAAUCUUGAACACGGAGACAUGCCAGUAUGUGCCGCAUAACAAGGACUGGAUCAAGGAGAAAAUUUUCGUCAUGUUGAGGACUCAGGCGAGAAAUGAUUGA